UCCUCUUCUCCCUAUUUCUCCUCCCAUCGUGUUUCACUCUCUCUCGCCUCUGAUCAAUUAAUCUCAGAAGAGAGAGACCCUAUUUUGACAUUUAUUUUACCAUCCAUUCUCAAUCUAUCUCUCUCUCUUUUUCUUUCUUUCUUCCUUCGUCUCUCAACCCUCCAAAAAACGACAGCGUUUUCAACACCCAGUCGACGCUUUUUUGGAGAGCUUCCUUCUCUUUUCUUCCGAUUUCGAUUUCCCCAACAAUGCCAAAAGGGUUUUGAUUCUCUCUCUCCCUAAAAAAUCUCAAAUUUAACAAAACCAAAAAAAAAAAACCCUAAUUUCAAUCUCUUCGAUGGGUUCCUCUUCCGAUAUCGUCCCUGACGGAUCUCCCCACUCUCCCCCCGAAGAUGCAGCUCCCGUUACGGAUACCACCACCACCGUCACAAUUCCAAAGGAGGAGCCUUCCACGCUUAGGAGAACGCGUCCUUCACGUGCCUGUACUGUUAGGGCACAGCAGCGUCUUCAAGAACUGCAAGCGGCGGAGAGAAAGCUCAAGCAGCCUAAGAAGGAGCAUAAACGAGAGCAGCAUCGACGGAAGGAAGAGGUUGUAGAGGAAGAUGAAGAUGCGGAUGGAGAUCAAGAGGAGGAUGAUGAUGAGGAUGGAGAUGAUGAGAAUCGUCAGCAGCAAUGCGUCGCUGGAGGGAGUUCGAGUUCUGGUAAAAUCGUUACUUCUCUUGUUCCUCCGCCUGAACCUUCGCAGAUGCCGCGGUGGAAUCUUCGUUCUAUGUGGGAACUUGCUUCUGUGCUCAAUUUCUUGCAUGUAUUUAGACCGCUUUUGAAGAUCAAUGCUGAGUUCUCAGCCGAGGAGUUUGAGACGGCCUUGCUUUCUCCUAACGAUACUUUGAGUGAUAUACAUAUUCCUCUGCUAAAGGCCAUUCCUCCUGUAACUCGAAUGGCCCUCACACGUGAUACCUGGGUCACUGUCUUGUGCAGAAAAAUAAGAGAUUGCUGGCAUUGGGUCGCAGAAGGGGACCUUCCUAUUGUUGCCUCGCAAGGGAGGGAGAUUGAAGUGUACAAGAAUCUUGAUCCAGCCAUUCGUGUGGUGAUUUUGAAAGCUUUAUGUGAUAUCCGUGUUGAGCAAGAAGAUAUCAAGAGCUACAUUGACAACUCUCUUAAAACUGGCGUUCAUCUGUCAGUUUUCCGCAAAGAUCGCGUUGGGGGUGAUUCACAUGGAGUUAAUUUUUGGUAUGAGGAUGAUCCCUUAAUUGGUCACCGUUUAUAUCGGGAAAUAAGGAAAGCAGAAGUGUUGAAGGUCAGAACAAAGGGUUCCAAGAUUCUUCCUAACAUAACAUACCAAUGGGAAACUGUUGCCACUAAUUUCGAUGAAUUCCAAGACGUUUCUGAAAAACUUCUUCAAAGUACUAGUAGAAUUGAAGUUUCUCUAGGGAAGAAGUUAACGAAAGAUAUGCUUCCUGAGAUAGAAAAAGAACACAAGAGGAAAGAAAAACUGUUGAAAAAGCAACACAGACAGGCUCUUCUCCUUGAUAACUUUUUGGUUGUUGAUGGUCUUGGUGGUGGACGUUCUCUCCGUGAUAGGAAGCCAGUUAGAUACACUUUUGAUGAUUAUGAUAAGUCCAUAAAUGAAGCUAUCAAAGUAACAAAGAAGAAACAUCCAUCACCAGAACAUCUUCUCCACAGAAGAGAAUCUGCCAGAUUGGACGCUCUUGCGAAUGGCAGAUCGACCAGUUCAUCCUACCCUACUGAGCCUGUGAACGAUACAGCAUCUGCGAGAUCUUCUGAUUUUGCUGAUUAUGAUGAUUUUGAUGAGCAGCGAGAUGAAUCUCUGGACAGAAGGCAAGACGCAGUUAACAGGCGCAGACAACGGCCCCAACGGUAUUCAGCUACAGACUUUGUUGAAACUGUAUCAGACAAUGAGGUAGAGUUUCAAAGUGACGAUGACAUUUAUGGGGAAGCAGUUUAUGAUGAAGAAUACCUGAAGAAGCGCAAACAGAAGAAGCUCUCUAGUGGUUCUGAGGGAGAUGAAGAGUACAAAUGGGAUGAAGACAAUGCCGAGUAUGAGGAAGAAGAAGAAGAAGAAGAGGAAGAAGAUUCUCUUAGUGCAAGCGAAGAAGAUAGUGAUGAACCCCGGAGGGUUAAGAAAAUGCCACGGAGAGAACCUAAGGUGAGAUCAAGGUCAAAUGAUUUUCGGCCAGGCCUGAGACGUAGUAAAAGAGCCACAAGAAUCGAUUACCAACAAUAUGAGUUCUCAGAAUCAGACAAAGAAGCAACAGGAUUGGCGAAACGUAAGCGGUUGGUUGAGCCAGAUGAACAUUCUGAUGAAACAGGGAAUGGGGAUUUCACGAUGGGAAGUCAGGACUCUGAAGAAAAUGCAAAUGACCCAGAAACAAAAUCUGGUGAAGAAGAAGUAGAAGAAGAAGAGCCGAGAGAGGUCAAUGACAAUGCAGAGACAGCAUAUGGUAAAGAGAAUAAUCAACUUAACAAAUCAAACGGCACAACAGACCAAGAAGAAGUUGAGGGUGUAGUAGGCAAAAGACGUUACCUCGACUUAAACGAGCUUGCCCCUGUAUCUGGUUUUGAUGAUGGUCCAAGUACAGUAUUGAAGGAUGAUGAUAAGACAGACCUUUCAUAAGCAAGACAGGGAGACUCAUCUUUGCGUCUUAAAGCUCCCUCUGGUCAAUCACCAUUGUAUGUAUGAUAAGAAAGAUUUUCACGAGUUAUUUCCUGGCAAAAAAACCCUUGCAGAGAAAAAUUAAAACGGUAAGAGACACUUCAUUGGGUUUUUCUUCAUUCAAAGCAUAUCUGCCUUCUUGUUGUUUUAAGUACUUCAGGCAAAUUCGGCUGAUAACUGAAGAGGUGAAUGUUGUUGUGGAGGCCGAAGAGGUAUUUGUAGAUUAGGUUAGUCAUUUUUUUCUUACCAUGAAGAAAGAAACAAUGAAGAGGGUAAACCAGAAGAUAUUCCUAAGAGCUGUUUAAUGUUUUUAUGGAAUUAUAUUAUUAGUGUACAAGUAACUUUUCUCUAACUUUUGUAUUGACCAUAAGAACACGUUUAAGGUCUCUUAGAUUUUGGUAAAACGACGCAGCUUUGAGACUU